AUGUUUUAUACGAAUUCACACUCGCUCCAGGUUGAUAUGAUCAAAAAGGAUUUUACGGUCGCUCGUUUCAACAAUCCGAAGGUCCAAGCAUCUGUGCCUGCUCAGACGUUCUCGAUCACUGGAGCCGAAGAAAACGAACAGAUUACUGAUAUGCUUUCUGGAAUUAAUCAAUUUGUGCCAGAGUCGUUCACUCAUCGUAAGAAAUUGGCCAAUAUUUUUACAGUCAAUUCAAGCAAUGGGAAAAAAGUUUCAGUGCAGAAGCAGUGUCUUUAUUUCUUAAAGUUGACUGUCGCCUACACCCUGAAAUUCUACACCCUGAAAUUCAUAACAGUAAGUCAAAGCCAUAUGCGGUGA